GGACAAACGUAGUUGCGCCGAGAAGCAGCUUCGGAGCUCCACGCCUCGCCGAACCGGUUGUUAUUUUACAUCAGACGUCCACUCUAUCAACCAACCAAUCUCAAUCAAAACACUAUCACACAUAAUGGACGGCCUCAACGCAAACGAGCAGCGCGAGUUCGCUGCCCGCAUGGAGCGCAAGCAGCUGAAGGAGUUUAUGACUAUGUACUCCAAGAUGGUCCAGCGCUGCUUCGAUGACUGCGUCAACGAUUUCACCACCAAGUCCCUGAUCAAUCGCGAAGAGCAGUGCAUCAUGCGCUGCGUCGACAAGCACCUCAAGAGCUCCCAACGCCUGAACGAGCGAUUCCAGGAGCAGAACGCUGCUAUGAUGCAGAGCGGCCAGCUGGGCGGCAAAUAAGCGUCUAAUAUCUGAUAGCCGGGGUCCCGAGGGUGUCUUGAUGUUGAGGAAACAGAGAUCAAGACAGGAGAGAAUUGAUGAUGGAAGAAGAGUUGUAUUUCGCCCGGGCCGAGUGUCAGGGCCGAGAUAUCUGAGCACCUGAACGGCCUGGGGACCUCCCCUCUAUGGGAACCGAUUGAAACUUCCCCCGGUAAACCGAUGCUCGUGUAAUCUGUGUUUCAGGGAUUGCCGGGGGAAUCGGUUCCCUUCAUGUACCAUAGUGAUUUGGACGGGAUGUAAUAGGGAGAAUGAACAUCCCUAUCCAUUCUGAUCUUGAAAUAUAAAAGCGGCAUCGUCCCAUGUGCCGAGAGGAGUGUCUUCGUCUGCAUAGGAUCGUGAAUAUUAG